AUGAAUUCAGACGUCUUCUGCUACAGCAAUGGUGCAGCAGUCGAACGAGAAAGCGUUGAUUUGGCAGCGUACCUAGAAGCUGCACGUAACGAGAAAGUGGAUGAAAUUGUCAAGCAAGGGUCAACGGAGAAGCCUCAGGAGAAGGACAGUCGCGUCGAGCUACUUUAUGUUAAGCGCAAAGGAGCCAGCUCACAAGGCGAGGGCUAUCAGCCACCAGACGCACUGCCUAUUGAACUUGGCGAGCGCCUUGGAAAGCCGUCGCAAGAGGCUGAUAAAUUUGAAGCUCGUGAUAGAGACUUUGCGGAUUAUGGAGCUCCAGAGGAGGGCCUAGAAGAGUGGGAGGACGUCCUUGAGAAUUGCGGCGCCCUGUACGGCUGGUACGUCGAUCGGCAAGACAACAAGAUCGUACAGGCUCCAAUGCCAGAAUUUCGGCUGCGACACGUUACAGCCGUUGUAGCAGAUUCUGCCAGCAACGACACAUCGGGUGACAAGCGUUCAGAAUCUGGCGGACUCGUCAUACUAACGGACGUAGCUCAAUCGGAACCCUCGAAUGAUACAGAUCAUACUGCGAUGAGCACUGGAAAGAACAACGCAAUCGCAGUUCCAUCAAAAAACGUUGAUCUCACAUUGGAGUCGCCAGCGACGAGGCCAACUGUUGUGGCGGAUGCGUUGAAGAUCAAGCCAAGAUUUCAUGUCAACGAUAAUUCCAAGAUAGAGAUCAUUGUCAGCUCGCAUGAGUUUGAGACGAGCAUGGCCACGAACGACUUCAGCGCUCAGAGCACCGAAGCAUCAGUCAGUGGUGGAUUUGGAGGAUUCGGCGCAAGUGUAUCGGCUGGCUAUGCUAGUUCGGAGUCUUCCACGUCGAAGGUAACCAACAAUAAGUACGAAAGGCCAUGA